AUGGCACCCUCGGCCGUCGAAAUCGCCGUUCCUGUAGCGAAGACGAUUGACAGCACAGAUAGUCGUAAGGAGGCUGAUGAGCUCAAAUCUCCGGCCUCGCCACUGCCCGAGGUCAAGAUCUUUGAUGCUGCGAGUGCUACAGUGGAAGACUUGGUAGACGCCAUCACAGUUGCUGGUGGGGUGGUCAUCCGCAAUGUCCUGAGCCAAGACGAGUUGGCAAACUUGGAAAGGGAUAUUCGGCCGGAGCUGGAAAAGGACACAGCUUGGGGCGACGGAGAUUUCUUCCCAGCAGAAACUCGAAGGGCAUUUGGGCUCGUCACGAAAUCGAAAACCUUUGCCGACCGCAUCUUUGGUCAUCCGCUCUGGACGGGAGUAACAGAUGCAUUGCUAACAAGCACGCUGAAGCAUAAUUGGAUUGGCGACAAGAACGAACUGUCGGUCUCUCGACCACAACUAAACAACACCAUCGUAUUCAGUAUCAACCCGGGGGCCCGGGAUCAAGCACUGCACCGUGACGACGCGAUCCAUCACAUCUAUCACCCUGCAGCGGCAAAACACGAGAUAGGUCGCGAUGCAGGCGUCGGGUUCUUCGUAGCAGGUAAAAGGACUACCAAGCGGAAUGGCGCCACGAGGUUCAUUCCAGGCUCGCAUCUGUGGGACUAUGCCGCGGGGCCUCCAGAAGAAACUCAAACCUUCUAUGCCGAACUCGAACCUGGUGAUGGCUUCAUGGUCUUGAGUGGGUGCUUCCACGGCGGAAGUGCUAACAAGACAGAUCAGCCCGACGAGAACGGCGAGAUCCAUCCAGAAGAGCGACUCGUGUACAGCACGUUCAUGACGAGAGGCUGGCUGAGACAGGAAGAAAACCAGUACUUGAUCAAUCCGGUUGAGAAGGUCCGCGAGUUGCCCGAAUGGAUGCAGGAGAAGGUGGGAUAUGGACUCUCAAGACCAUUUCUGGGCUGGGUCAACCUCAAGAGUGCUAUGGAAUGGCUUCAUCCAAAUCGAGGAAGGAGGACUGGUGACCUUUGUGACGAAUACUGUCCGAAUUGCGACAAUCAUUUCGUGAUAGACGCCGUGACGCCAAAGGCAGCACUCAAGGUCGAGAGCGAGGAUACGAGGAUGGAUGCAAGAAUGCUCAAGGAUGAACGGGUCCGACAACCAGAGCAAAGGACCAUUUUCGACGUCAGAGAAGCCGCGGAGAAGCUGGGUUGA